AAGACAGUGGGGUCGGUGAGGGUCACCGGAAGACACUGGGGUCGGUGAGGAUCACCAGAAGACACUGGGGUCAGUGGGGGUCACCACAAGACAAUGGGGCCAGUGAGGGUCAUCGGAAGACAAUGGGGCCGGUGAGGGUCACUGGAAGACACUGGGGUCGGUGAGGGUCACCACAAGACAAUGGGGCCAGUGAGGGUCACCAGAAGACACUGGGGCCAAAUGAGGGUUACCGCAAAACACCGAUGAGGGUUACCGAUGAGGGUCACUGCAAGAUAAAAGGGCUGGUGAGGGUCACUAGAUAACACUGAUAAGGGUCAACCGGAAGGCAGUGGGGUCAGUGAGGGUCACCACAAGACAAUGGGUUUGGUGAAGGUCACCACAAAAAACUUUGUGGUGACAAAGUUUUGGGUCGGUGAGGGUCACCGCAAGGCACUGGGCUCAGUGAGGGUCAACACAAAACACUGGGGCUGGCGAGGGUCACCGCAAGACAUUGGGGCCAAGUGAGGGUCACUGCAAAACACUGGGGCUGGCGAGGGUCACCGCAAGUCAUUGGGGCCAAGUGAGGGUCACCGUAAAACAUUGGGGCCGGUGAGGGUCACUGCAAAACACUGGGGCCGGUGAGGGCCAUUGCAAGACAUUGGGGCCAAGCCUUGCGUAUGAUGAAGAUUAUAACAAGGAUGAUGGUACUGAGUCUCAGACAUUCUUUUGCGUUUGAUGGCUUGCAGAUGACAGAGCAUUAAGUGAAGUGUCAUUCUAAAUUCAGGUAUCCUCUAAAGAUCUACCAGUUUGAGGCAGAGCAAUUACUAUGGAAAAUGCAAGCAUGCAUUGCAAAAGAGAAAUCUGCGUGAAGCUUAUCGACAGGAAUAAAGUAAAGCAGAAACCAGGGGCUCUUCUGCUUGUGUAUGUGUGGCUCCUGUGCUCACAGUCAGUGUCCAGCAGCAACCAAAGCUCUCGAGGUCAAACCGGUCGGUCUGAAGUUAAGCCGAGUACCUGUGAAGUGGUGGCAGCUCAUCAUUGCUGUAAUAAGAAUAAAAUAGAGGAGAGGUCUCAGACGGUCAAGUGCUCAUGUCUUCCUGGACAGGUUGCUGGGACCACCCAUGCUCAACCUUCAUGUGUAGAUGUGUCUAUCGUGCGAAUGAAGUGGUGGUGUCAAAUGGAGCCAUGCUUAAAUGGUGAAGAGUGUAAAGUGUUGCCUGACCUCAACGGCUGGUCCUGCAGUUCUGGGAACAAAAUCAAAACCACCAAGGUCACACGGUAAAGCAACACUUCUGUGGACAUGUGAUGACAACUCAUAAUGUCACGUGAGCAUAUUUUAAAAUCAGACCUGCAAAUGUCAACAAAAAUGCAUGCUCGAGCAGAAACAUGUGAACCGUGAACUAAGACUGUG